AUGGGUAUUUUCAAGAUUAGAGAAACCAAAAUUAUAUCUUGUAGUGAACCCCUAGCUGUAGACUGUGCUGUGAAGUUAUUAGUAUCGGGUGAAGUUAUAGCACUACCCACUGACACUGUUUAUGGAGUUGCCUGUAAUGCAAAUGACUGUGCGGCACUACGGCAUUUAUAUGAUAUAAAAGCUCGUAAUGAGGCUCAGCCAAUAGCAAUAUGUGUGAGUGACCUUUUCCAAUUUCGUCAAUACACUUUAUCAUACCAUUUAUCUGAUGAUUUACUAAAUGAUCUACUUCCUGGCCCAGUUACAAUAAUUUUAUACAAAAGUAACUUAUUAAAUAGUCCAUUCCUAAAUCCUGGUAUUGAAAAAAUAGGUAUUAGAAUACCAGAUCAUAAGUUCAUAAGAACUAUUACGAAAUUAUGUGGAUUUCCAUUAGCUUUAACAAGCGCAAAUUUAAGAGGAGAACCAAGUUCUUUGACCAUAUCAGAAUUUAGUGCUAUCUGGAAUAAACUUCCUGCAAUUUUUGAUGGUGGAAACAUUUCUGAAGACCCCAAAAGCAGAGCGGCAUCUACUAUGGUAGAUUUAUCAAAAAGUGGAUGCUACAAGAUUCUAAGGGAAGGCAUGGCUUGCCAGGAAACGGAAAAUGUUUUGCGCAAAUAUGAUUUGAAAAAAAUAUAACAAUUGUAUUUAUAUUUAAUAAAUA